UGUAUUUUUGUUACUUCAGCCCUUUUUCAAAGAGAGAAAUAGAUACCCUGAUGAGAUGGCUCCAAGAGCUGGAUCAAUUGAACCCCCAACACUGCCUAUGGGAAUCCACCACAAAUUGAGUGCUAAUGCAUACUGUACUCGUGAUGCCAGACGGCUGGUAAAACCUCCAGUGGUCAGUUUUACAGCAGUCACAGGGACAAAAUCUCUUCCUUCUGGACUGGCUGCUGAAGAAGAAAUGGUACAAGAGUCAAAAGAAGAACCCGCAAACCAGUUGCCACCUGUACCUGGUCGUAUGUAUAACUUCGAUCAUCCCAUUGACCAACCUAUAAAAGAAGUCAUUUAUAAACCUUUCUAAAUUGAUAACAGACUGUUGGUUGUUGAAAGUAUUCAGCACUGAGGAUGAAUGGAUUUGCAUGAUGUAAUGUUUAAAAUAUAUAUGGAUUUACGUACACUUGGAACUUGGCACAUAUUUGUUGACUCUUAACUGAAGUGGAACUGAAGCAGCUUGGACAGUUUAAUGUUUUUACCAAAGUGUCGUGUUAAAAUAGAUAAAGUUGCACUUUUAAAUUGUUGACCUUGGCUCCCACAGGAUUUUGCAGCUGCAACUGAGUGUCCAUAUGCACUUGCUACUCAAUAGUGUGCUUAUUUUGUUAAAAAAUGUAUAAAUAUAUACUUUGAAAGCUGA